AGAUCCAGAAACAGUCCUCCUCACAGCAGAGAUCCAGGACCGGUCCUCCUCACAGCAGAGAUCCAGGACCGGUCCUCCUCACAGCAGAGAUCCAGGACCAGUUCUCCUCACAGAGAUCCAGGACCAGUUCUCCUCACAGAGAUCCAGGACCAGUUCUCCUCACAGCAGCAGCAGGAGGAUGGAGCGUUUGGAGCUGGAGAGGAGGUCCAGGAGGAAGAAGAGGAGGAGGAGGAGCAGAGGUAGCAGCAGUUUGGAGGUCAAAGAGAACCAGGAUGACGACGUCCUACGGAGGUUUCAUCCAUCAGCUUUUUGCACAUCGUUCUCUCUGAAGAGGAAGCUGGUGGACGGAAAGGACCGGCUGCUCUCCCAAAGCCAGCCGGCUGGGAAGAGGUCCUCCUGGGCCGUGACCCAGAAGAACGCUGUGGUGCAGCUGAACGAGCUGCGACCGGGUCUGCGCUACGAGAUCACGUCCAGGACCGGCCCGCUGCACGCCCCGGUCUUCUCUGUAGGGGUGGAGGUCAACGGGCUCCACUUCGAGGGCCGAGGACCAACCAAGAAGAAGGCCAAGCUGAGGGCUGCCGAGCUGGCCCUCCAGUCCUUCAUCCAGUUCCCCAACGCCUCCCAGGCUCAGGCCUCCAUGGAGAGCUUCACCAGCACAGAUAGCCUGGAUUUUACAGCAGAUAGCCUGGAUUUUACAGCAGAUAAACUGGAUUUUACAGCAGAUAACCUGGAUUUUACAGCAGAUAAACUAGAUUUUACAGCAGAUAAACUGGAUUUUGAACCAUCGCUGUUGCAAAGCUGUGACCUCCUGCAGUGCAGCGCUGCCAAACAUCAGGUCUUCUCCAGCAGUUACAGCUGCACACGACUCGUCCAACUCAGGUUGGACUUGCUUUCCUCAGCGACUCCUAAAAGACGAGCUGUCAGCGCCUCAUUUUUCCAACCCCUGAGUCCGGUGGUGCUGCUCGGCCGGCUGCGACCGGGACUCAGGUACAUGUGUCUGACGGAGAGGCUCCACGGCCGGCCGGCGAGGAGCUUCGUGAUGGUGCUGAGGCUGGAGGGGAGGGUGUUUGAAGGCUGCGGUCACAGUAAGAGGCUGGCCAAGGCUCAGGCAGCAGCAGCCGCCCUGCAGGAUCUCUACAGCAUCAGUCUGGGACCAGAGAGGAAGCUACCGGGCCUCCAGGACAGCAGCACCAAAAACCAGCUACCUCAGUUCUUCUCAGACUCCAUCUUCCACCUGGUGACAGAGAAGUUCAGGGAGCUGACCGACGGACGGUUCUCUACCUCCAGCGCCCGACACAAAGUUCUGGCCGGGAUCGUGAUGACCAGAGGCUUGGACCUCCGAUCGGCCAGCGUCGUGUCUUUGGCCACCGGGACCAAAUGUGUGGACUGUGGACGGCAGGAGGACGACGUCGGCUGGACGCUCAGCGACUGUCACGCUGAAACCGUCAGCCGGAGGGCGCUGGUUCGAUUCCUGUACAGUCAGCUGGAGCUGCUGAUGCGUAAGCCGGCAGACGGCCAGGAGUCGUCCAUCUUUGUACCAAAUAAAAGCUGCAGCGGUGUCUUCCGGCUGUGGGACGGUAUCCUCUUCCACAUGUUCGUCAGCUCGUCGCCGUGUGGAGACGCUCGACUCAACUGUCCCUACGAGAACAUCGGUUCAUAUCCCAGCAGAAAGUUUCGUUUCCACCUCAGGAAGAAGGUGAACGGAGGCGAGGGGACGCUGCCCGUCUCGACCAAUCAGAGAUGGGACGGGCUGUCGCCGGGUAAAUCUCUCGUCUCCAUGUCCUGCACUGACAAAAUGGCAAAGUGGAGCGUCGUGGGCCUGCAGGGUUCCCUCCUGUCUCACCUGGUGGAGCCGGUUUACCUGCACAGCCUGACCGUGGGAACGCUCAGUCACACCGGUCACCUGUCCAGAGCCAUGAGGCGCCGCCUGGCCACCGUCAAACACCUGCCGUUCCCCUACCGACGGAGAGCGCUGCUGCUCGGCUGUCUGAGCAGCAGGGAGGUCCGUCCAGCAGGGAAGCCGGCCAGCGUCAGCCUCAACUGGAGCUGUGGAGACGGAGGCCUGGAGGAGGUCAGCAGCUCCACGGGGAGGAGGACGGACUCAGGCACGCCGUCACGACUCUGCAGCCGCUCAGCGUUCAUCCGCUGGCUGAAGCUCCAGCAGCAGGUAAACGGUUCUCUGUCGGACGCUGAAGCUGCUCUGGCUUCAUGUUCUGCCUCUAAGAUGUCUGCUGGACGCUACCAGAGGGCCAUGCAGCGGUUCAGCAGCGCUCUGCAGGCCGGCGGUCUGGGAACCUGGCUCAGGAAACCUCCAGCGCUCCACAACUUCAGCAUGUGAACCACGGCUGAAUGUGGAAGGAAGCUCAUGGAGGGUUUUAUUUACAGAUCAAGUCGUUGGUCCAUCCAGUCGUAGCCAACAGAGACCAUGUUUAAUGAUAGUUUAUCCAUGUAAA